GUGUCGCUCCCCAUUACCCUUCCCUCCCUCCAUAAAUACCACGCCUCCCCCUUCCCCAACCCUUCCCCAAUUUUCUCUCUCAAACAGACAAACAAAUCAAAAAAUUCAAAUUCGAUUUCUUCUUCUUCUUCCUCCUCCUGCAAAAAGUAACUCCCACUACUCAAUACAAACUUCAUGAGGUACGAAAACAUACGAGACGGCGCCAUGGCACUCCCUACCGACCAUCUCCCCAACCGCCGCCUCAAGCUCGGCGCACUCCUCAAAUACGACCUCCCCACCGUCCUCCGUUCGGACAACGACGACGAAACCAAUCACAACAACAAGAACAUCACCAGCAGCAGCCCAACGAAUUCCUCCAGCGUCACCAGCACGCCUCGGAACUCCAACAGCAGCGGAACUCCCAGCAGCGACCACGCCUCUUCCUCUCCGCGCACCACCGGCUCGCCGUACGCCGGCGGCCAAUUGUUCUCCCCCUGGAACGUCAACAGCGCCCACCACCCGCUGUCUCCGUACAUGAAAUCCCCCUGGAUUAUCCCUUCCCCUGCGCUCUUCCCCAACGACGGCACCGGCAGCGGGGACAGCCUCAUCGGAUCCAUCGUCCGCCAGGAGGGACACGUCUACUCCCUCGCCGCUUCGGGGGAUCUGCUCUACACCGGAUCUGAGAGCAAGAACAUACGCGUGUGGAAGAACCGGAAGGAGUUCGCCGGAUUCAAAUCCAACAGCGGAUUGGUGAAGGCAAUCAUCCUCCACGGCGACAAGAUCUUCACCGGACACCAGGACGGCAAGAUCCGGGUCUGGAAGGUCUCAUCCAGAUCCCCCGGCGCGUACCGGCGGAUCGGCAGCCUGCCGACUCUAAAAGACUCGCUGAAAAGCUCUGUAAAUCCGAAGAACUACGUGGAGGUCCGGCGGAGGAAGAACGUGCUCAAAAUCAAGCACUACGACGCCGUUUCGUGUUUGGCCUUGAACGCCGACCUCGGCCUUCUCUACUCCGGAUCCUGGGACAAGACGCUCAAAGUGUGGCGAAUCGGAAACUACAAUCACGACAAUAAUAACAAUACUACGAUUAAUUCGUCGGAUUAUAAGUGCGUGGAGUCGAUUAACGCACACGACGACGCGAUAAACGCGGUGGCGACGGGAUUCGACUCGCUGGUGUUCACCGGGUCGGCGGACGGGACGGUGAAGGUGUGGAAGAGGGAGCUGGAAGGGAGAGGCAGCGUCAAGCAUUUCCUCGUCCAGACGCUGCUCAACCAGGACAGCGCCGUCACGGCCCUGGCGGUGAGCGACGAAUCGGCGGUGGUCUACUGCGGGUCCUCCGACGGGCUGGUCAACUUCUGGGAGGGAGAGAAGCAGCUCUCCCACGGCGGAGCGCUGAGGGGCCACAAAUUGGCGGUGCUCUGCCUGGCGACGGCGGGGAGCCUGGUGUUCAGCGGCUCCGCGGACAAGACCAUCUGCGUGUGGCGGAGGGAGCUCUCCGGUGGGGACCACGUCUGCCUCUCCGUGUUGACGGGCCACAGUGGGCCCGUCAAGUGCCUGGCCGUUGAGGAGGAGGAGGAGGAUGACGCGCGUGAUGCGGGUGGUGAAUCGGACCAACGCUGGAUAUUGUACAGCGGGAGCUUGGAUCGGUCGGUCAAGAUCUGGCGCGUGGAUGACCACGCUCCGGAGUGGCGAGAGUACCACCACCACUCGCCGAGGAAUAGUUACUACAGUAACAACUGCUACGGUGGUUACGAUUACCAUUCUCCUUCACCUCCCACGCCAGCUGACAAGAAAAGGCAGUGAAGAAGUAAAAGUAAAUUAAAAAAAAAAAAAGGAAAAAGUAUAGACGCGCGAGGCACGUGGAUGUACCAGGACGUGCCAUGUGUGCGGGUUCUCGAAUGACGUCGAAGUGAAGGUACAAUGACGUUACGGUGGAGCGUGGACCACGCGAUUCUUCGACGCAACUCCAGCGUGAAGGGCCGGCCCAAACCCGAUUUUUUUAGAUGAAAGCAGGCACAGACCAAGGCCCGGAAGGAGAGAGUGGGGCCCGUUGAACCACCCCCAUGACUUUAUUUUUGGCAACUUUUGGGGUUCGUUUUGCUCUGUGUAACGACUCUCAAGCAAUGUGUACAAAGAGUUUUUUUUAUUUUUUUGGUUUUUUAAUUUCAUUUCUUGUUCUUCAAUUAAAAGCCACUUUUGGAACAGAAAAGUACUACUUUUUUGUUAUAUAUAUGGUUUACCGUACGUGUGAAGACUAGCUAGCAAGAAAGGGUUUGUGGUGUGAAGUGUGUAUAGCAAGAAAAUGAAACAGGAUGGGAAAAAGUGUGUUUUUCAUCCAAAGUGUGUUGUCUUUCUUUGUAGUAGGUAUUGAUCUGUUGAACUUUUAAGUAGGAGUGACUGUAAAUAUACGCCUUCUUCUCUUAAUAUCCGAGUGUUGUAGUUGCUUUUCUAGUUCUACAUAAAGCUUGUUUCUUUCGGUAGAGUAUUGAAUAUUGAUCCAUGUGGACAGCGGUGAAUCUGAACACAUAAAAGCACUGGGCCGAGUUUCAUUACAAAAUUGAAUAGUAAAAAAACAUAAUGAUUAUAGUUUUUUUCCAAUGUAAAUUGUACACGACGGUAUUUUAAUUUAGUGAUGCAUCAAUAAUGGAGGCUACAUCCAUACCAAUAGUAUACACUGUUUCAAAUAAAAUACUUGAGCAAUCGGCAAGAAAUUCAUCGCUCAUUUUGUUGAGCAAAUCAGUUCUCACAUAUUUCAUUGUUGAAAAAGUUCUCUUCGUAGUAGCUGUUGAAACGAGCAGCAUUAACACUAGACAAAUCAAUCGACUAAUCAAUUGACAUUGUGUGUCAAUCCCUGCAUCCACCAACUACUCUAGUAAGUUUUCAAGGGAACAAACCUCAUAUUUCUUUUAGUUUUUUACGUUUUAAACUUUUAGAAUUUUAGGUUUCAUUGUUUUUUUUUAUAUGCAUAAUCUUUUGGGCUAAAAUUUAAAGGCUAAAUUAAGAGUAGUGAUUUGAAUAUGGUCAUCUGAAUCAUUUUUCUAGUUAUACCCAAUUUUAUUAUAAAAUCACACUAGGCCGAAUGCCUAAAAUCGAAAAAUUCAUAAGGACUAUACUAAUUACGGAUCCAGAGGAGGGCUGGGCCGGGGCCCGGGGUGGCCACCCCCUGGAUCCGCCACUGCAUGUGGAAGUACAAAUGUUUCAAGGGCAGUGUUAUGUGCAUAGAUGAGAGGUUGACCAAAGUUUAGAACAAAUAUAACAAUUUACU